UGUUUCCAAUGCUGCACGUACAGCCCGUACACACCGUGCCUUGGGACACCCCAGUCAGCAGCAUGGCUUCCCUGUGCCCCAGCCAGGGGCUCCCUCUGUUGAUUUCAGCCCCCGCUGUGCAACUGCUGCUCUUCCUGUUGCUCAUUGUGCCUUCCCAUCCCCAGAGCCUGUCCUGGAUGCAGGAGGAUCCCUCCAUGGAAGGAGAUUCAUCCGGGCACAAUGAUCCACUGAGCAAGGAAGAUCUGCCCAGUGAAGAGAAUCCACCUGGAGGGGUGGAUCCACCUGGGGAGGAGGCUCCAACCGAAGUUCAUUCUAAGCCAGGAGAGGAGGAGGACUCUCUGAAGUUGGAGGAUCUACCCACUCCGGCACUGGGGGCUACUCAAGGACACCAGAAUAAUGGUCACGGGGGCAAAAAAGCGGAAGACCACAACCAUUGGCGCUACGGAGGCAACCCGCCCUGGCCACAGGUGUCCCCGGCCUGCGCGGGCCGCUUCCAGUCCCCAGUGGACAUUCGCCCCGGGCUCACCGCCUUCCGACAGGCCCUUGGGCCACUCCAGCUGCAAGGCUUUGAACUUCAGCCUCUCCCAGAGCUGCGCCUGCGCAAUAAUGGUCACACUGUGCAGCUGACUCUGCCACCUGGCCUAGAGAUGGCGCUGGGUCCCGGCCGCGAGUACCGAGCCCAGCAGCUGCAUCUGCACUGGGGCUCCUCUGAUCGCCCAGGCUCAGAGCACACUGUCAACGGCCACCGUUUUCCUGCGGAGAUCCACGUGGUUCACUUGAGCACAGCGUUCUCGAAAGUUCAGGAGGCCUUGGGGCGCCCAGGAGGCCUUGCUGUGUUGGCUGCCUUUCUGCAGGAGGGCCCAGAAGAAAACAGCGCCUAUGAACAGUUGCUGUCACGGUUGGAAGAGAUCACAGAAGAAGGCUCAGAGAUUUGGAUCCCAGGCCUAGAUGUUUCUGCACUGUUACCCUCUGACCUUAGCCGCUACUUCCAAUAUGAGGGGUCCUUGACCACACCCCCCUGCUCCCAGGGGGUCAUCUGGACUGUGUUCAACCAGACAGUGAGGUUAAGUGCUAGGCAGCUCCACAUCCUAUCUGGCUCCCUGUGGGGACCUCAUGAUUCUCGGCUACAGCUGAAUUUCCGAGCCACACAGCCUUUGAAUGGAAGAACGAUUGAAGCCUCCUUCCCUGCUGAAGUGCAGAGCAGCCCUGAGCCAGUCCACAUGAGCUCCUGCUUAGCUACUGGGGACAUCUUGGCCCUAGUUUUUGGCCUUCUCUUUGCUGCCACCAGCAUUGCCUUCCUCAUGCAGAUGAGGAGGCAGCACAGACACAGAAGUGGAACCAAAAAGGGUGUUAGCUACAGCCCAGCUGAGAUGGCGGAGACUGGAGCUUAGCGACUCAGAACUCGAAUGUGCAAAGAAACCACCUAAUGAAUGGAAUCUUAGGGGACACAGAAAUUUUGUCCUGUGCUGUCCACUAUACAGUUCCUCUGAAACCUUCAAAGUAAUCUUGUUUCUGUUCUCUUAAACCACUCCAAUAGGAUCUUGUAGUAGGGGAGAAAGACUGAACUCAACUCAUGAUGUUUUUUUAAAUAAAC